CGGGCGUCAGCUGACUGCUCGGCUGCUGCCGUUUGCCGCCGUUGAGACUCCACCAGGCCGCUGUCGCUGUUACCGCCGUUGCCGCCGCCGCCGCCGCCGCCGCCGCCGCCGCCGCCGCCGCCGCCAUGGCUCAAUACAAGGGCGCCGCGAGCGAAGCGGGCCGCGCCAUGCACCUGAUGAAGAAGAGGGAGAAGCAGCGCGAGCAGAUGGAGCAGAUGAAGCAGCGGAUCGCGGAGGAGAACAUCAUGAAAUCGAACAUCGACAAGAAGUUCUCCGCUCACUACGACGCCGUGGAGGCGGAGCUCAAGUCUAGCACCGUUGGUCUCGUGACCCUGAAUGACAUGAAGGCCAAGCAGGAGGCCCUGGUGAAGGAGAGGGAGAAGCAGCUGGCAAAGAAAGAGCAGUCGAAGGAGCUGCAGCUGAAGCUGGAGAAGCUGCGAGAGAAGGAGCGCAAGCAGGAGGCCAAGCGCAAGAUCUCCAGCCUGUCCUUCACCCUGGAUGAAGAGGAGGAGGCGGGCGACGAGGAGGAGGAGGCGUACGAGGAGGAGCUGGAGAGGGAAGAGGUCACCACAAAGAAGAGGAAACUGGGGAAGAACCCUGAUGUGGACACCAGCUUCCUACCUGACCGAGACCGCGAGGAAGAGGAGAACCGGCUCCGGGAAGAGCUGCGGCAGGAGUGGGAGGCCAAGCAGGAGAAGAUCAAGAGUGAGGAGAUCGAAAUCACCUUCAGUUACUGGGACGGCUCUGGGCACCGGCGGACGGUGAAGAUGAAAAAGGGCAACACAAUGCAGCAGUUCCUGCAGAAGGCACUGGAGAUCCUGCGCAAAGACUUCAGCGAGCUCAGGUCGGCGGGGGUGGAGCAGCUCAUGUACAUCAAGGAGGACUUGAUCAUACCCCACCACCACAGCUUCUACGACUUCAUUGUCACCAAGGCACGAGGGAAGAGCGGGCCGCUCUUUAACUUUGACGUUCACGAUGACGUGCGGCUGCUCAGUGAUGCCACCGUGGAGAAGGAUGAGUCCCACGCAGGCAAGGUGGUGCUGCGGAGCUGGUACGAGAAGAACAAGCACAUUUUUCCCGCCAGCCGCUGGGAGCCCUACGACCCCGAGAAGAAGUGGGACAAGUACACGAUCCGGUGAACGGUGAACCGUGGUGCUGAGCGCCAUGGCUCCUCCAGCUCCAGCUGUCCUCUGCCCCCUCCCGGGGUCUCCAGGACUCCAGGCGCCCCCCCACCCCCUCCCCACUUCCUCAGCCCUGACCUGACUGACUAGGGAAGGGAGCAGGGAGCUGGCGACCCCUGCCACUGGUGGUGUCACUUUUAUGAGAAAUAAAUGCGCACGGCAGAGUUGUUUUAAACAUUGCUUAUGGAGGUAAAAUUCACCAUUUUGAUCAUUUGAUUGGGGGGUACUUAGUUCACUCACAGUGUUGUGCGACCAUCAUCUCUGUCUAUGUCCAGAUCAUUUCUGUCGUACCCCCGCCAAGGAGACCCCGUGCCCAUUCACAGCCUCUCCCCCAGCCCCUGGUACCCCCUUGUCUGCUUUCUGUCUGUAUGGAUUUGCCUAUUCUGGAAGUUCCACAUAAAUGAAAUCAUGCACUGUU